AGGUAGAAAAACAAACCUGAACAAUCCUUCCUAACCUGAAACCCUAACAUACUUCUCCUGCUCCAAUGGUUUAUCCUUCAGCCGGAACGGAUUCUUGAAAUCAAGCACUGAUUUAGUGAUUCAGUUGGAGGUGACAGAGAAUCAUGGGGGAAGCCGGGCAAGAGAUGGUGGAUUUCUCAGCGCUGGUUGGGCGCGCUACCGAGGAAUCAUAUGUCUCGCUCAAGGAAUUGGUGGAGAAAUCGAAAUCCUCAGAGUCUUUAUCGGACUCGGAGAAGAAGAUUAUGAUUUUGAAGUACAUUGUCAAGACCCAGCAGCGAAUGCUUCGCCUCAAUGUCCUUGCCAAGUGGUGCCAGCAGGUUCCUUUGAUACAAUACUGUCAACAACUUGCAUCAACUCUAUCAAGUCAUGACACUUGCUUCACUCAAGCUGCAGAUUCCAUGUUUUUUAUGCAUGAAGGGCUACAACAGGCUCGUGCUCCUAUUUAUGAUGUCCCAUCUGCCAUUGAGGUACUUCUUGGUGGAACUUAUCAGCGUUUACCAAAAUGCAUAGAAGAUGUUGGCACACAGAGCACACUGAAUGAGGAUCAGCAAGGUCCAGCAUUGAAGAAACUCGAGAUACUUGUUAGAUCAAAGUUGCUUGAGAUUGCACUUCCAAAGGAAAUUACUGAAAUAAAAGUUUCUGAUGGUGUUGUUUUGCUCCGAGUUGAUGGGGAAUUCAAAGUUCUUGUCACACUUGGUUAUCGAGGUCACUUGUCGAUGUGGAGAAUUUUACAUUUGGAGUUGCUUGUUGGUGAGAGAAGUGGGCCCGUGAAGCUGGAAGAAUCACGAAGACAUGCUCUUGGAGAUGAUUUGGAACGUAGAAUGGCUGCCUCAGAUAACCCAUUCACGACGAUGUAUUCCAUUCUUCAUGAGCUCUGUGUUGCUCUUGUUAUGGAUACUGUUAUAAGACAAGUGCAAGCACUCCGACAGGGUAGAUGGAGAGACGCAAUUCGUUUUGAACUUAUAUCUGAUGGUACUAUUGGCCAUGGAACAAGCAUUGCAUCCACCCAUGGCACUCAAGAUGUAGAAAUUGAUUCAACUGGCCUAAGGACUCCUGGAGUGAAAGUGAUGUACUGGAUAGAUCUGGAAAAAAGCACAGGAACGCCUGACGUGGGGGCAUCUCCAUUCUUAAAGCUGGAGCCAGGUCUGGAUUUGCAGAUUAAGUGUUUGCAUAGCACAUUUGUAAUUGAUCCGCAAUCUGGCAAGGAGGCAGAGUUUAACCUAGAUCUAAGUUGCAUUGACGUUGAGAUGUUACUGCUCAGAGCCAUUGGCUGUAAUCGAUACACGCGCCUGCUUGAGAUUUACAAGGAAGUCGAGAAGAAUGGACAGAUCAAUAGGACUUCUGGUGAUGUCCAACUUCAAUUUUUUUUGGAUGAUUCCGAAAAGAUUGAUAAUGCAGUUGAUUUACAAAAGCAUGGCGGCCAGGAAAUCCUGCUCGUGCGUGCCUAUGGUUCUUCAUUUUUCACUCUUGGAAUCGGCAUAAGGAAUGGUCGUUUUCUUCUUCGCUCUUCCAAAAAUAUUAUUUCGUCAAAGGCUUUGCUUGAGUGUGAAGAAGCACUGAACCAGGGAAGCAUAACUGCUGCCAAGGCAUUUGUUAACUUAAGGAGAAAUAGUAUUUUGCAUUUAUUCGCACGCAUUGGACGGUUCUUGGGUCUUGAGGUAUUCGAACAUGGAUUUAUGCCGGCGAAACUGCCUAAGAACAUUUUAGAUGAUUCAAAUUCAUUGAUCAUGGGAUUCCCAGAGUGUGGGAGCUCUUAUUUCUUGUUGAUGCAGCUCGACAAGGAAUUCAGACCUUGUCCAAAGUUAGUAGAAGCCCAAGUAGAUUCCUCGGGAAAAGCUGAACCUUUUGGUGACGUGAGCACAGCGAGUCGAGUUAAAGAUUUGGACAUUAGUUAUAUGCACAUGUGUCAAGAUGAAAUUAAUAUGAGUCUUCUUGACUGCACGAUAUCAUCUAAUUUCAAUGAUGGUAAUGCUAAUGAGAUUUGUGGUCAUGGUCCUCCGUCUAAGUUCAGCUUCGAAUGUUCAAUGCUUUCUUCUCAUAUGCCCAAAAGUUUCUCAUCUAUCGUAGAUGAGGCAUUUGAGCUUGAGAAAGGGUCAAAUGUACAGAGCAUCACUUCUAUAUCUGGCCUGCCCUCUGCGUCCCAAUUUGGCUUGGAUACUAUGAAUUAUAAUGACACCAAACGUUCAAUAUCAUCCCCAGACUGGGAAGGAGCACCUACAUCACAAAAUGCUGUGGGCAAUUUCAAGAGCUCAUCAAAAUCUGGUUCCACAAGCUCACUUGUCACGACUUCGGUGAAAAAUCAAGCUGUGACGAAAUUGACAGCUUCAAAGUCAGAUCAGGAUUUGUCAGCUCUCAAAUCUCCUCAUUCUAGUGCCUUUGGUUCUCGUGGUAUAUUGGACAAGGAUCAGCUAAUUGUAUCUGGGGUUUCCUCUGCUAGGUUCUUCUCUCCACCCCGUCACACAGGUCGUCCGGUUUCAACAGUGAGUGUAAAUGGUAAUGAAUCUAACGACUGGGUUGCUUCUCCCAUAUUUAAGAAGCCAAUCUUUGUUAUUUUUCUUGCUUUGUUUUUAAAUUGCAUUAACAGGCUCAUUUACCCUUGAUCUUGUUUUGAUGUGCGUGCCCCCUAUAUGCUAGCUUUGACACUUGAUUCUGCUGUUCCUGAGAACUCGAAUCAAGAAAGUGUGCCUCAAAAUGACGGCUCGUCCCGAAAACGUAGUGUGUCAGAUAUGAUGAAAUCACUUCCUUCACUCCAUUGUCUGGAAGUCAAUGAUGCAUCGAAUAAGAGAAGGAAAAUCCAAAGAGUGCCAAAUGCUCAGCGUCCUCCUACACAGUCUCUCCUUUCUUGCGACCAUCCUAGUAAAACUGAAGGGUACAAUUUUGCCGAUCUUAUAGCUGAAGCAAACAAGGGAAAUGCACCCCCAAGUAUUUAUGUAUCUACUCUUCUUCACAUAGUCAGACAUUGCUCACUAUGUAUAAAACAUGCCCGGUUGAUUAGUCAGAUGGAGGCACUUGACAUCCCCUUUGUUGAAGAAGUGGGUCUCAGAAGUGCAUCCUCAAACUUGUGGUUCCGCUUGCCUUUAUCAAGAGGUGACACAUGGCAACAUGUAUGUUUGAGACUGGGAAGGCCUGGAAGCUUGUAUUGGGAUGUGAAAAUUAUUGACCCACACUAUAAAGACUUGUGGGAACUUCAAAAAGGGUGCAAUACUACACCUUGGGGUUCUGGUGUACGAAUAGCUAAUACAGCUGAUGUGGAUUCUCACAUUCAUUAUGAUUCUGAAGGUGUUGUAUUGAGUUAUUAUUCUGUGGAGGCCGACAGUAUUAAGAUGUUAGUCGCGGAUAUACAAAGGCUUUCCAAUGCCAGAACUUUUGCCCUGAAAAUGCGUAAACUACUUGGGCCAAGGACUGAUGAGAAACCGGAUGAGAGUGAUGCCUGCUUAGAGAGCAAAUCUCCUGCUGGAUUGAAAACUGUAGCGGAGGGCUCUGAAAAGUUCUCUGGGCAGAUGAGAAAAGCUUUUAGAAUUGAAGCUGUUGGUCUGAUGAGUUUGUGGUUCAGUUUUGGUUCAGGGGUUCUUGCUCGCUUUGUUGUUGAGUGGGAGUCUGGUAAAGAGGGCUGCAGAAUGCAUGUUACUCCUGACCAACUUUGGCCCCAUACUAAGAAUUACCAUUUCGAUGAUUAUGUUAGACUCCAGAGCAUUAAAUGGGAAGUGAUAACAGUUUCUGUAAACAAGUAUAUACACCUAUUAACGUUUUGUCUCGUCAAACAGUUUCUCGAAGAGUUCAUCAAUGGAGGUGAAGUAGCAUCGCUUUUGGAUUGCAUCCGACUGACUGCUGGGCCGUUGCACGCUCUUGCUGCUGCUACCCGGCCUGCACGAGCUGCCCCAGUUUCUGGAGUUCCCGGCAUACCAGCCGCUGUUUCUUCUACUCUAAAGCAGAACGGAAAUUUGCCCACACAGAGCCUGACAAGCAACUCCAACACAAAUCAUAAUCAACCUUCAUCUGGUCCUCCUGGUGGAAAUCCUACGGCCCCAACACCAUCAGGCCCCAUUGGAAGUCACAACACAGCAGCCGUGUUAGCAGCAGCUGCAGCAGCUGCCGCAGCUGCUGGUAGAGGGGGCCCAGGCAUUGUUCCCAGUUCAUUGCUACCUAUUGAUGUUUCUGUAGUGCUUAGAGGCCCAUAUUGGAUUCGAAUCAUAUACCGCAAAAACUUUGCAGUUGACAUGCGGUGUUUUGCUGGGGAUCAAGUCUGGUUGCAACCAGCUACGCCACCGAAAGUCGGGCCUCCAGUUGGAGGAUCACUUCCUUGUCCACAAUUCCGGCCUUUUAUCAUGGAGCACGUUGCACAAGAACUGAACGGCAUAGAUUCUAAUUUCCCAGCAAUGUCGAGUUCGACUCCUCCACAGCUACCAGGUGCUGCUGGAAACAGAGCAAACCCGAGUACUGGUGCAAUAUCUCGUCCAGGAAUCGCAAUAGCUCCUUUGAAUCGCAAUAGCUCCUCCAAUUUGCCUGUGGUUAACCCGUUACGUAGACCACCAGGUUCCGGUGUACCAGCACAUGUUAGGGGAGAGCUUAAUACUGCUAUAAUUGGACUUGGGGAUGAUGGAGGCUAUGGUGGUGGAUGGGUUCCACUCGUGGCGCUUAAGAAGGUCCUUAGAGGUAUUCUGAAGUAUCUGGGAGUGCUCUGGCUGUUUGCACAAUUACCAGAUCUUUUGAAAGAGAUCCUAGGAUCGAUUUUGAAGGACAACGAAGGUGCUUUAUUGAAUUUGGAUCAGGAGCAACCGGCCUUGCGCUUCUUUGUUGGAGGCUACGUGUUUGCUGUUAGCGUCCACAGAGUCCAACUCCUACUUCAAGUCCUCAGCGUAAAAAGAUUUCACCACUCCCAACAGCAGCAACAAAACUCAGGAACCGCCCAAGAGGAAUUAACUCAAUCAGAAAUCGGGGAGAUUUGCGACUACUUCAGUCGACGAGUCGCAUCAGAGCCCUACGAUGCUUCCCGCGUCGCUUCCUUUAUUACCCUUUUGACCUUACCAAUUUCCGUACUAAGAGAAUUUCUAAAACUCAUAGCAUGGAAGAAAGGAUUAGGUCACGGUCAAGGAGUCGAUGCAGCAGCCCCCACACAGAAAUCCCGAAUUGAGCUUUGCCUCGAGAGCCACGGGGGAUUCAGCAGGGAAGGAAAGCCCGAGAGCGCGCCCGUUGUGUCAAAGAGCAAUAUUCACUAUGAUAGGGCCCACAACUCGGUUGACUUUGCGUUGACUGUGGUUCUUGACCCGGCCCACAUUCCCCAUGUGAAUGCGGCUGGUGGUGCUGCUUGGCUGCCUUAUUGUGUUUCGGUUAGAUUAAGGUAUUCGUUCGGUGAAAGUCCAGUUGUGUCCUUUAUUGGAAUGGAGGGAAGCCAUGGGACCCGCGCAUGCUGGCCGCGAGUCGAGGAUUGGGACAAAUGCAAGCAGAGAGUGGGUAGGGCAGUGGAGGUUAAUGGGUCUUCGAGUGGGGAUACUAAUCAGGGAAGGCUGAGGGUUGUUGCUGAUAGUGUGCAGAGGACUUUACAGGCGUGCCUUCAGGGUUUAAGAGAUGGAAUAUGAUGAUUGGUGGUUUAAUGCUGUUCUGUUACGAAGAUGAGAAGACUUGAGUAAAAGGAGAAAAGGGAAGAUUUUGAUUUUGAAAUUUUUGAUCGAUUGCUGACGGGUUUAGGUUGGGUUUGAAUAGGUGUAACGUGUUAGCAAACAGCGUCUUUUUUGUAUAUGGGAGGCGUUUGUUAUAGUUGGGUUUGCGGGUGGUUGUACAGUAUGUGUAGUUCAUAGUUGCUUUGUAUAAAUUGAUAUGUUUUGAGUGUUUUUGUAUUUCAAGACUGCUGCGUUCUACAGGAAACUGGGUGUUUCAAGUUCCUAUAUCAAACCUGUGGCCUACGGUUGGGGACAAAAANGGACAAAAAAAAAACAAAAAAAAAAACAAAAG